AUGGUGCGCAAACUUAAACUCCAUGAGAAGAAGCUGUUAAAAAAGACGGAUUUUAUGCAAUGGGAAGUUGAUCAUCAAGGAAAACAGACAGAACAAAUGAGAAAGUAUCACAUCACGAAACGAGAACAUUAUUCGCUAUAUAACAGACUGGCCGCUGAAGUGCGAUCUAUUGCUGAGAAGCUGAAGGAUCUCCCACAGAAUGAGCCCUUCCGAGUACGCUCUGUUCGGGAAAUGUUAAGUAAGUUGUACGCAUCUGGUGUCAUUCCGACUGCUGACACAGCUGAACGCUUGCACAAAGUAACUGCUGCUUCUUUUGCACGGCGACGUUUACCCGUUGUAAUGAAGAAUAUUGGCAUGGUGGACAGCAUACGAACCGCCAGUGACUUUGUGGAGCAAGGUCACGUGCGAAUCGGUCCGAAGCUUGUCACAGAUCCUGCGUUUUUUGUUACAAGAGCCCAAGAAGAUGCGAUUACGUGGACAAAUGCCAGUAAAAUCAAGAGGCAUGUGCUUGACUACAACAACGCCCGUGAUGAUUUCGAUCUGGCCUGA